AUGUCCUGGCGUCACUCGCUACGACGUCUCGUCAAGCCUACACUGUAUGGUGGUGCGGCAGUCGCAGCGGUAGGAGGUGCCGCCUUCUGGAUCGUCUAUAAGCCCAUCGAUGUGCCUGGGUCUCAAGGUGCUGCUGUUCCAAUACCGACCGAUGCCGAAGGGAACAUAAUUGCUCCUCAGUUCCCACUUAUCAAGUCUCGAGAGGAUGCAAUUGCAGACCUCAGAAAGAGUGCCGGUCUAAUUGGCGAGGCUUCCGAAACAGGGAUUGCUCAGCAAGCAUCAAACAGCUGGUCAAGAUUAAAGAAAGCUGUUGACUCAAAACCCACCGCAGACACAGAUGUUGAAAACAACAAGGAUUUACAGGUCGAUCAGAGAGCUGGUGAAGAGUACGAUUUGCUCGUCAUCGGUGGUGGUGCUACAGGUACCGGCAUCGCUCUAGAUGCAGCUACUCGAGGCUUAAAGGUUGCUCUGGUUGAAAGAGAUGAUUUCGCUUCCGGUACAUCCAGCAAGAGCACAAAACUCGUUCAUGGUGGUGUUAGGUAUCUAGAAAAAGCUGUUUGGAAUCUCGAUUACAAUCAAUAUGCCCUGGUCAAAGAAGCACUGCGUGAGCGCAAGUACUUCUUGGACACUGCUCCUCAUCUGUCUGACUGGUUGCCUAUCAUGAUUCCCCUCCAGCAUUGGUGGCAGGCUCCUUACUUUUGGGCUGGAACAAAAUUCUACGACUUUCUCGCCGGCAGUGAAGGUAUCGAGACGAGCUACUUCAUGACAAGGUCAAAGGCUCUCGACGCAUUUCCGAUGCUCAAGAAGGACAACUUGAUUGGUGCUCUAGUCUACUACGAUGGUGCUCACAACGACAGCCGAAUGAAUAUCAAUAUCGCCACAACUGCUGCCCUUUAUGGUGCUACAAUGGUCAACUAUAUGGAAGUCACUGAAUUGAAGAAGAACGCCGAGGGAAAGCUUUGCGGUGCUGUCUGCAAGGAUCUCGUCGCUGAAAGAAAUGGUAAACCAAGUGCUCCGGUGGAAAUCAGAGCCAAAGGCAUUAUCAAUGCUACUGGUCCAUUUUGUGAUGCCGUCCGAAAGCUGGAUGACCAAAGCGUUAAAGAAAUUGUCGCUCCUAGCUCAGGUGUCCAUGUCAUCCUUCCUGGUUACUACAGUCCUCAGAAAAUGGGUUUGAUCGAUCCUUCAACCUCAGACGGUCGUGUCAUCUUCUUCCUGCCUUGGCAAGGCAACACUAUCGCUGGUACAACUGAUACUCCUUGCGAAAUCAAGCAAGAUCCUCAACCCGGUGAAGAUGAGAUCAACUGGAUUUUGAAUGAAAUCAAAGGCUAUCUCGCUCCUGAUAUCAACGUUCGACGAGGAGACGUACUUGCUGCCUGGUCCGGUGUCCGCCCACUGGUUAAAGAUCCCAACGCUAGAAACACCGAAUCGCUUGUUCGAAAUCACUUGGUUUCCAUGUCUCCAUCAGGUCUUCUGACAUGUGCAGGUGGUAAAUGGACUACCUACCGACAGAUGGCUGAGGACGCAGUUGAUGAGGCUAUCAAACAGUUCAGGCUCACCACCAAAGCUAUCACCGAGCGAGCACACAUCAGUGGCACCGAGAUGAUCGACGAUGCAGCUCCCCUCGAUGGUACAUGCCAGACUCACCAAGUUCGACUUGCUGGUGCUCAUGGCUACUCAAAAACCCUCUUCAUCAACCUCAUCCAGCAUUUUGGCAUCGAAACUGAGGUCGCUAAACAUCUCGCAGAAGCAUAUGGCGAUCGAGCUUGGACUGUUGCCGCUCUCGGGGCUGCUACCGAGGAUAGAUUCCCUGUCAGGGGCAAGCGCAUUUCUGCAUUGUAUCCCUACAUCGAUGGUGAAGUCAGAUAUGCAGUUCGACAUGAGUUGGCGCAAACAGCUGUUGAUGUCCUUGCUCGACGAACUCGACUUGCAUUCUUGAACUCACAAGCUGCCUUAGAGGCGUUGCCAGGUGUCAUUGACAUCAUGGCUGAGGAACUCAAAUGGGACAGCAAGAGGAAAGACCUGGAGUUCACGCGCAGUGUGAGAUUCCUCGCCUCGAUGGGUCUUCCAGCAACAAUGCUUGAUAUCACUCGUCAAGAGGUCGAGAGUGGCCAAGCACGCUUUGCUAACGAGACCGAGCGACGAAGAUACUCACGCUUUGACGGCCCAGCAGAUACACUGGAGACUGACUCGAAGUACCAAGAUGGACAUAAUCCAAUGAUUGGCCGGGAAAGCACUGCCAACCGGUGA